GGUUUCGGGCUGGCGCUGCCGGAGCUGCGGGCGCUGAUGGAGCUCCGGGGCUCCGAGGCGCUCCUGAGGCUGCAGCGGGACCUGGGGGGGGUCCCGGGGCUCUGCCGCCGCCUGCGCACCUCCCCCACCGACGGGCUGUCCGAGGGUCCCCCGGAGCUGGAGCGGCGCCGCCGGGUGUUCGGCCGGAACUGGAUCCCCCCGCGGCGCCCCAAGAGCUUCGCGGCGCUGGUGUGGGAGGCCCUGCAGGACGUCACCCUCGUCAUCCUCGAGGUGGCCGCGCUCGUGUCCCUCGGGCUGUCCUUCUACGCCCCCCCCGGCGCCGCCGAUGAAGCGUGCGGGCAGCUCUCGGGGGGCUCUGAAGACCCCGGUGAGGCCGAGGCCGGAUGGAUCGAGGGCGCUGCCAUCCUGCUGUCGGUGGCGUGCGUGGUGCUGGUGACGGCGUCCAACGACUGGAGCAAGGAGCGGCAGUUCCGGGGGCUGCAGAGCCGCCUGGAGCGCGAGCAGCGCGUGGCCGUCCUGCGCGGGGGACACCUGGCACAGGUGCCCGUGGCCGAGCUGGUGGUGGGGGACGUGGUGCAGGUGAAGUACGGUGACCUCCUGCCGGCUGACGGGGUCCUGAUCCAGGGCAACGACCUCAAGGUCGACGAGAGCGCCCUGACCGGGGAGAGCGACCACGUGCGCAAGGGCCCGGACAGAGACCCCCUGCUGCUCUCGGGCACGCACGUCAUGGAGGGCUCGGGCAGGAUGGUGGUGACGGCCGUGGGGGUGAACUCGCAGAGCGGAAUCAUCUUCACCCUGCUGGGGGCUGCGGGGGACCCCGAGGAGGGCGGAGGGGACAGGAGAGGCCCCCGGCCGGACCCUGCGGUGGCCGUGGAGCUGCAGCCGCUGCGCAGCGCCGAGGGGGGAGGGGACAGCGCCGAGGGUCCGGGGGGGCCGCGACCCCCCCGGGGGGACCCCAAAAAGGAGAAAUCCGUGCUCCAGGCCAAGCUGACCCGGCUGGCCGUGCAGAUCGGGAAGGCAGGCCUGGCCAUGUCGGCCGUCACCGUCAUCAUCCUCGUGCUUUACUUCGUCAUCGACACCUUCGUGGUGCAGGGCCGGCCCUGGCUGGCCGAGUGCGCCCCGCUCUACGUCCAGUACUGGGUCAAGUUCUUCAUCAUCGGCGUCACCGUGCUGGUGGUGGCCGUGCCCGAGGGGCUCCCGCUGGCCGUCACCAUCUCGCUGGCCUACUCCGUCAAGAAAAUGAUGAAGGACAACAACCUGGUGCGCCACCUGGACGCGUGCGAGACCAUGGGCAACGCCACGGCGAUCUGCUCGGACAAGACGGGCACGCUGACCACCAACCGCAUGACCGUGGUGCAGGCGUUCCUGGGGGGCUCCCACUUCGGCCGCCCCCCGCCCCCCUCGGCCCUGCCGCCCCCCACCCUGGAGCUGCUGGGCCAGGCCAUCGCCAUCAACAGCGCCUACACCAGCAAGAUACUGCCCCCCGAAGCCCCCGGGGCCCUCCCCCGCCAGGUGGGCAACAAGACCGAGUGUGCCCUGCUGGGGCUGGCGCUGGCCCUGGGCCGCGACCCCGAGGCCGAGCGGGCGCAGGUGCCCGAGGAUCACCUGGUCAAGGUGUUCACCUUCAACUCGGAGCGCAAAUCCAUGAGCACCGUCACGCGCCGGCCCGGCGGCGGCUACCGGCUCUUCUGCAAGGGAGCGUCCGAGAUGGUGCUGCGCAGGUGUGUCUCUCUCCUGGACGCUCAGGGGUCUCCGCGGGCGCUCUCAGGUGCGGAGCGGGAGGAGCUGCUGCGGCGCGUGGUGGAGCCGAUGGCGGCGGGGGGGCUGCGGACCCUCGCCCUCGCCUUCCGCGAUUUCCCCCCCCGGCCCGAGCCCACCUGGGACGACGAGGCCGCCGUGGUGGGGGAGCUCACCUGUAUCGGCAUCGUGGGCAUCGAGGACCCCGUGAGACCCGAGGUGCCCGAGGCCAUCCGGAAGUGCCAGCGCGCGGGGAUCACGGUCCGGAUGGUGACAGGCGACAACCUGGACACGGCGCGCGCCAUCGCCGCCAAGUGCGGGAUCCUCCCCGCGGGCGGCGGCGGCGACUGGAUCUGCCUGGAGGGCAAGGAGUUCAACCGCAGGAUACGGAACGAGCGCGGGGAGGUGGAGCAGGAGCGCCUGGACAAGGUGUGGCCCAAGCUGCGGGUCCUGGCGCGCUCAUCGCCCACCGACAAACACACCUUGGUCAAAGGGAUCAUCGAGAGCACGCUCGGGGAGCAGCGCCAGGUGGUCGCGGUCACCGGCGACGGCACCAACGACGGCCCCGCCCUCAAAAAGGCCGACGUGGGGUUCGCCAUGGGCAUCGCGGGCACGGACGUGGCCAAGGAGGCCUCGGACAUCAUCCUGACCGACGACAACUUCUCGAGCAUCGUCAAGGCCGUCAUGUGGGGCCGCAACGUCUACGACAGCAUCGCCAAGUUCCUGCAGUUCCAGCUGACCGUCAACGUGGUGGCCGUGGUGGUGGCCUUCACCGGGGCCUGCGUCACGCAGGACUCCCCUCUGAAGGCGGUGCAGAUGCUGUGGGUGAACCUCAUCAUGGACACCUUGGCGUCGCUGGCUCUGGCCACGGAGCCGCCCACGGAGGCGCUGCUGCUGCGCCGGCCCUACGGCCGCGACCACCCGCUGGUGUCCGGCACCAUGCUGCGCAACAUCCUGGGCCACGCCCUCUACCAGCUGCUGGUCAUCUUCACCCUGCUCUUCGCUGGUGAGCGGCUGUUUGACAUCGACAGUGGCCGCGGGGCCCCCCUGCACGCGCCGCCCUCCGAGCACUUCACCAUCAUCUUCAACACCUUCGUGCUGAUGCAGCUCUGCAACGAGCUGAACGCGCGCAAGCUGCACGGGGAGAGGAACGUCUUCGGGGGGGUCUGCGGGAACCCCACCUUCUGCGGGAUUGUCCUGGGCACCUUCAUCGUGCAGGUGCUGAUUGUGCAGUUCGGGGGGAAGCCGUUCAGCUGCUCCCCCCUCAGUGCUGAGCAGUGGCUCUGGUGCCUCUUCGUGGGCGUGGGGGAGCUCGUCUGGGGCCAGGUCCUGGUCAGUGUCCCCGGGGGUCCGCAGUGCCCCGGUGGCUCUCGGUGGCCGGAGGGCUCGGACCGCGCUGACCGCUCCGAGCUGGACGCGGCCGAGCUGCGCCGGGGGAAGGUUCUGUGGGUCAGGGGCUUGAGCCGCAUCCAGACCCAGAUGAGGGUGGUCCGCGCCUUCCGCAGCAAUUUGGGGGGGGGUCCCCCCCCUUUGCCCCGUCCGGAGCCGCCCCCCCUGGGGCUGGUUUUGGGGGGGGGGGGUCCUUUCGGGGUGCCCCCCCACGCCGAGCUGAUUUUUGGGGACACCCGGGACAUUCCCCUGAUCGACGACACCGACGCCGAGAGCGAA